AUCUUCCCCGGGAUCUCCUUUUCCGCGCGGGAGAAAGCGCAGCGGCAGAGAUGGAGCCUAGAAACUGAUUCUGAAGAACUGGUGCCGGCUCUGGUCUUCCAUCCUGCCACUAACCACCGCUUUUAACACCCUGAGCUUCAGUUUCUUCAGUCAUAAAAUAAGAGCUGAGGAACCUGCUGGCCCUUGAGCCAGGGGUAUCUGAAACAGGCCUCCCGUCACUGACCUGGGUGACACCCAGAUCCCUGUGAGGGACCCUGCCAAGGCCCAGGCCAUCUGAAUUGAGUCCCAUCUCAUGGAUCCUCAGGGUGAGAAGCCAGGAGAGGGUGAAGGGGUGCGCAUCACACCCCAGCUGCUGAAGGCACGCACAGGCGAGUUUGCCCUGGAGUCCAUCCUGCUGCUGAGGCUGCGCAGCUUGGGGCUGACAGACCUGGGCUGCCUGGGCGAGUGCUUGGGCCUAGAGUGGCUGGACCUGUCGGGCAAUGCACUCACCCACCUGGGCCCCCUGGCCUCCCUGCGCCAGCUGGCUGUGCUCAACGUCUCCAACAAUCGCUUGACGGUGCUGGAUCCGCUGGCUGCCUGUGAGAACCUGCAGAGCCUCAACGCCGCAGGCAACCUGCUGGCCUCGCCUGGCCAGCUGCAGUGUCUGGCAGGGCUGCGGGGCCUCGAGUAUCUGCGCCUCCGGGACCCUUUGGCCCGGCUCAGCAACCCCCUCUGCACCAGCCCCUCCUACUGGGCUGGGGUCCGAGAGCUGCUGCCCGGCCUGAAAGUCAUUGAUGGCGAGCGGGUUACCGGGCGCGGCAGCGAGCUCUACCAGCUCUGCCGAGACUUGGACAGCUCCCUGCGCCCCAGCUCCAGCCCAGGCCCCAGAGCCACAGAGGCCCAGCCCUGGGUGGAGCCAGGAUACUGGGAGUCCUGGCCUACCCGGAGCAGCUCCAUCCUGGAGGAGGCCUGCCGGCAGUUCCAGGACACACUGCAGGAGUGCUGGGACCUGGACCUCCAGGCCACCGACAGCCUGGCCCGGGCUGAGCAGGCCCUGAGCCCUGCAGGCACCAGCACUUCUUUCAUCUUCUGAGUCUUGUCCUUGUGGCCUGGAACAACCUGGCAUGUGGCCAUGGGAUCCUCACAUUGUGGUCUAGCUGCACACCUCUCUCCUCCCUGCCUCUGUACCUGUCUUUAUGGUUUCAUAGCAUGUGUCGCUGGCCCUGUGAGCUGGGCUGUCAUUUAUCUCUGUUCCUAAGAUGAGCCCCCCUCUUUCAUAUUCCAACUUCAAGGAGAAUACACCCUCCUCCCUCCAAAUACUUGCAAGGAAGCACUUCCAAGGUGGCCUCUCGCAAGUCUGAGGUCUCUCCACAGCCUCCUGGCUCAGACUGUGGGGCUUUCCUGCCACCGCCAGUGUGCAGCUGGGGAAGAGUCCCUGUGCCUUUUUUGUGCCCCAGGCUGAGCCUGUGUCCACAGCCACUCCUGGCUGCCCAAGCCUGAGACUCUCAGUGGAAGAAAGUUCUUCCUAAGGCAAAAGGUAAGAAAAGUAGGGAGGGGCAUGUCUUCUGCCUCCCCUGUUCCUGCGAGGGGGUGUGGGCAGAGUGUAGGGGCCAGAGGAAGAACAUCCCUUGAAGCUGGAGUUCACCCACCUUCCACAUUUGCGUAUCCAAAUGACCACUGCUCUGGCCACCCUAGUCCUCUGUUUCCCUGGAACCUUCUCUGCCCAUUCUUACCUGCAGUAAAUCUCUAUUAAAUA